AUGCUUCUUCUGCUGUCACUGUAUGUGGGAGCACUGCUGUCUUCAGAUGCAUCUCCAGCCUGCGUCCAUCCUCCCUGCAGGGACAGUCUGGUGGCUGCACCCAUCCCACCAGGGACGGGAGCAGGAGUGGGUAGCGGGGCCUGUGAGGGUCAAACUGGGACAAGUGUCUGCAGGAUGGGUGUUUCACUGCCAGCCAUCUCAGAUGUACCUCGGAGGGUAGAGCACAGGCACGAUUUUCCACAGGUUCAUUAUAAGGCUGGAGGUGUCAAAGAGCGCCUGGUUCAGCUGCAGCGUUGCAUGCGCUCUCUCCAGGAAACAGGGGGGCCCUGGAGUCACGGGGGCCAGGAGAGCAACUCUCUCGGGGCCAUCUUGGCUUUAAUGGCAGCUGUGCUGACAGAGUGUGACCUCCACUGUCACAGCCAGGCCCUUGGGGCGAUGGCCAAACGACUGGAGAGUGCAGCAGUGGGAAGAGAGGGGGAGAAAGACCUGCUGCUAUUCCUGAAGAGCAUCACGCAAUAUCCACCCACAGUUGCCCCCUUGGAGAGGUUACAUCCUCAGGACUGUGCAGAGAUUUACAGGCUCGGGAUCAAAGAGAACGGAAUCUACACCAUCCAGCCUGACCUGCACGGGCCGGCACUGGAGGCUAAAUGUGACAUGGAGUCGGCGGGUGGUGGGUGGACAGUGAUCCAGAAUCGGCAGGACGGCUCAGUGGACUUCAACAGAACAUGGCAGGAGUACCGGGAGGGCUUUGGCAGUCUGCAGGGUGAACACUGGCUGGGCAAUGCAGCGCUGCAUGCCCUCACCUCCACUGGACAACACCAGCUCCGCAUCGAGCUGGAAGACUGGCACCAACAGAAGCGCCAGGCCACCUAUAGCAACUUUAAAGUGGCCUCAGAGGCGCAGAGGUAUCGUCUGACAGCCAGGGAAUAUUCUGGUGAUGCAGGCAACGCUCUGAGCUACAGUAAGCGUUACAACCAUGAUGGCAGAGCUUUUAGCACUGCUGACAGGGACCACGACCGUUACACAUCUGGAAACUGUGGUCAGUACUAUGGAGCAGGCUGGUGGUUUGAUGCCUGCCUGGCAGCUAACCUGAAUGGACGGUAUUACCGAGGGCGCUACAGUGGGGUGACCAAUGGUAUCUAUUGGGGGACGUGGUACAUCCUGACAGACGGGCGAACUGGAGAGCGCUACUCCUUCAAGAGGGUGGAGGUGAAGACAAGGCCCAAGAACUUUGUGGGAGCACACUAAUGACGACAGUUCAGAGUGGAAGAUUUUCUGCACAGUAGACUUCAUUAAUAAUCACACCUGACACUGAUAAAAAAAAAAAAAGAACUGUUUUGCAUAGUUUUGAUUUGAUAGAUGUCUUAGUCACUGUCUGUACAUCACUGUUUUUAGAGCAGCUUUUGUGCCACUUAUCACUUACAUGCCGAUGGCAGCUAAUACUGUUUGAAGACUGUUUGAAGCUACACCUUUGUUCAUA